CAGCGCCAAACAUUCAGGUCAUAUUGUCAGAUUAACAAGAAAGUGAAGAAAACGGUUGCUUUAUCAAACUUCACACCUGAAUUACACGAUUUUAUGUCAAGUCAUUGAAACGGACAUAUUAUCAAGUGGCUGGUAGUGACUGUUAUUUGAUAAAUCUGAUAUCAGUAGAAAGUGGAGGUUUUACACACUCAUCAUUCUGUAUUUAAACUCUCGUGUGGUUAACAGAAAUACUAAAUUAACUUGAGUGUCAAUCACUACUGAGGUUUUACUUUUAACUGAAGCACAAACAUCUCAGAUGAGGUAAAAUUCUGUGAUGUGAAGUUUGUCAGAGAGUGUGAUUUGUAGACGCUCCCUUAGCUGAGCUGCAGUAUGGCGCGUUUGACUGCAUGUGAAUAUCAGAACGAAAAAUAAAAUAUCUGAUCUCAUAAGAGAUCGGCAUCAGAUAUCAAACACAAACACACACACGGGUCAGGAUGGAACAUACUCCCGAGAAACACAGCAAAGAAGUGGAUAUUUAUCGGGACACAUGGGUGAGAUUUUUAGGGUAUGCUAACGAGGUGGGAGAGGCGUUUCGCGCACUGGUGCCGGUCAGUGCAGUGUGGGCCAGUUACGCUGUGGCCACUGCAUAUGUGUCUGCUGACGCGCUAGACAAAGGCAAGAAAGCAGCAGCGGCUCACACUGAGGAUCAUGGAAAGGCGGUGCGGGUAGCCGUCGCUGUGGUCGACACGUUUGUCUGGCAAGCUUUGGCUUCAGUGGCCAUUCCUGGAUUCACCAUCAACCGCGUUUGUGCCGCAUCGCUCUUCCUGCUGGGAAAAACCACACGAUGGCCACUUCCUGUGCGCAAGUGGACCACGACCGCCAUCGGCCUCUCCACCAUCCCAUUCAUCAUCACACCCAUCGACAGGUCGGUGGAUUUCCUGUUGGACUCCAGCCUGCGGAAACUUUACGAUGAAGGAGAAAAACGUGAAUGAGCCUUGUGACAACACUGACCUCUGACACCUCCAGCCAGCACGAGCGUCUCUUAAGUUGACGUAAUUUCUGGCAUUUUAGAUGAACUGUGCCUCUUAAUUUGCAUGUGUCUCAAUGGUUUUUGUCUGUGUGGUUGUUUGUUUUCAGAUGUUUACUUCAGCUCUUUUGUCACAUUAUUGCAUGAUUUUAUUACAGCGCUUUAAAGUCAGUAUGUUUCUGGUGAACGGUUGAAGAAUCCAGUACUGUAUGCUUCCAAACUGUGCAAAUGAUAAACUAGUGAAGGCUAAGUUUCUAAAUACUGUAAUAUCAAAUCAAUUUUAAGUGUUUCUGGUGAUCUGUCAUUAAUGUUUAAUCUCAUGGUAAAGGGAUCAGGUGCAUUUCUAAUGAAGCCAUAAACUCUAUGCAAGUUCAGUUCUGAAUGUUUUGCAGGAGCAUAAAAAGUGGAAUUUAAUAAACAAAUAUUUUUUAAUCAAACG